AUGACCUUUAAAUGUCUCAGUAUGGAACGACCCGAGUUUAACGAAAUUGUACAAAUUAAUAUAAGGUUCACAUCGAACACAACUGAACACACACCCACGCGCGUUAAUUGGUGUAUUUCUUUGCAGACGUUUUCUACCGCGGCACCUAGACCACUGUUUCGUGUAGGCCCGAGACGUAGGAACUCCACCUUUGCGUCGUCCACGACAACGAUAACGACGAGUCGAACGACAUCCUCGCCUUAUUUGCCGACCGCGACUAAGAUCGGUCGCAGAAAACCCAGCAGCGAGCUUUUAGAAAGUCAAGUUACAACUACACAAACGCCGACGCCUAUCAACACGAGAUUCAAAUUUGUUUCUAGAAAAAACGUUUUGAGGACCGCAAUCCCUAAGAGAGUGACAAAAAAUAAGGAAUCUGACCAGACGUUGGAAUCUAGCAAUCAACAGUCUCAAGAAAAGAACAGAAACAGCGAAGAAAUAAAAAAAUUAGCGGACGUCGCCCUAGCUCUGCAGAGCGUGCAAAGUGCGCCUGCGCCCGGUAGAAAGAGGCCUAAAACAACGAGAAUAGGGCCGGACUUAGCCACAACCAGAGCAGUAGCGGCGAAUUCGUAUACGACCGCCGCGCAAGACUUUUAUACGACUUCUGUCAUAAAAGAUAUCACAAUUUCGCCACACGUUAAUAAGAAAGACGUGGCUCCAUUGGCACAGUUGCCAAGCAGAAGCAAGUAUCGGUACUCCAGCAGUUCAACUCCUUUGAUACUAAUAACGACACCGAGAGCUGACGUCAGAAGGCGAAAACCUUCCGUGCAGGUGUUCGACAAAAUUAAUGCUUUUGAUGAAGCAAAUACGUACAGGCCUUUAUCUGAAUACGAUUAUUACGACGACCUGCAAGCGAGUAUACUGUCGAGAAUACCAGAACACAGCAAGGUUUUAGUGCACAGCGACGGCAGGAUCGAGUGCUUGGAUCAGGGCAAUUUCCCGCAUCCCGUAUCAUGCAAGAAAUUCAUCUCCUGCGCCAAGAUGGAGAACGGAAAAGUCAUCGGCUGGGAGUACACGUGUCCCAAAAAUCUCAGUUUCGAUCCCAUAGGCGGCAUGUGCAACUGGUCCGCUGGAUUAGGCUGCGUCGAAUAAGAUUACAUCAUUCAGAAUCAUUAAUAAAAAAAUAUUUAUUGAAGAAUACGAGGGUUGCUAUUUGUAUUUCUGACUUAGUGAAAAAACAAAAAAUAUGAUCACAACUGGUUUCAUAUUUUUGCAUGCGUUUGAACCAAUUUUCAAACCGUUUUUCCAUUCUGAUUACGCUACCUUCAAAACUUGGUUUUGGAAUGCAGAAACGGCUUUUUCAAAAUCCGAGAAAUGUUGGACGCGCAAUUUAUUUUUGACAUACGGAAAAAACCAAUUGAGUGCCAAAUCCAGGGCUGUCCUGCGAAUAAUGAUUUGAUGAUUCGGAUGGUUAAGAAUACCUUCGUCUGAGCCGAUGGUGGUGUACCAUUCAGAAUUGACCGACUUUCUUUGCUUCAGGCUACUGUUGAUAGGUAACAACGGGUAACCGUUGAUGUACUUCUUCCGAGAACUAUUGUUAGAUUUGGCUCAACUUGAAGGAUCUAUUACAGUCGGUCGCUGUUUUGUUCCGGACUUAUCUCCAAAGAUCCGUGAUUCAUCACGUCAUAUUAUACAGCUUUCGAUACACCUUGGCUGUAUUUUUUCAAUAUUUCCUUGCAUCAAUCGAUUCUUUUAAGUGUUUCUUAGAUUAUGUGGGAUCCAACAAUCCACAAUUUUUUUUAGGGCAAAAUUUUCAUGUAAUAUCCUAUGGAUGCUAGUCUUACUUAAGACCAAAGAUGCCACUAUCUCAGGAUAUGCCCGCUAUGCUUUAUUAGUUCCCGCACAGGGUCAACAUCAUGGAAGUCGUCCUGAUGCGUUAUAUCAGUUGAUGUCAGAUGGCGCUUGACACCACUUACUGUUACCUAGACCAGAAAUACAAGUAGCAACAAAUUGUACGCGGCUGUAGACAAGGGAAUAAGGCUGUAGUAACAUGUGAUCGUUAUAGGGUGCCUACAACGCUGACACAAGUUUUUUCUUGUAAUAAUUGUAUAUACAGAAGCUAGAUUAGGUUUUAAAUAGAUUACCCAAAUUUCUAGAUAUUUUGUAAAUAUUUUUUAUCGUUUAAUAAAAUCGAAUUUUAUUUAACGUUAAUUUUAUGAAAGAAGAAAGAAGCCGACCACAAAAGUCAGAAUUCGGCGCCAACUUUACAAUACGAGCCCUAACAACUAAUUAUUCGGACGCUGUACGAAAUAAUAAGAAAACAUAUUUAUACUUAUUUUAAAUUGAUUUUUUUUGCCUUUUCGACAGAAAAAUGAAA